CUUGCACAAACAUACGUUACCAUGGCCGCCCUUCAGAGCCGUGUUGGUCGGUGCGUGGGCGCUUCCGCUCGGCGCCAGCACUCGCUGGUUGCGAGCCGUGUUGCUGUGCCGCGCCCUAGCGUCAGCGUUGUGCCUCAGGUGCAGCAGGAGGCUCACCAUGUGCAGGGCGUCGCCCAAAUCCCCUCGAGCCGUGCCUCUUGCAUUGCUCGGGCCACUUACCAUGGCUCUGUUAUGGCGGAGCCUGGCAGCAAGUACGCGGUGGUGGUCGCUCGCUUCAACAGCCUGAUCACCAAGGGCCUGCUGGAGGGUGCUAUGGAGACCUUUGAGGCGCAUGGCGUGCCCAAGGAGAACGUGGACGUCGCUUGGGUGCCGGGCAGCUUCGAGAUGCCCGUCAUCGCCAAGUCCAUGGCAAAAUCGGGAAAGUACGCAGGCGUGGUGUGCAUCGGCGCUGUGAUUCGUGGCGCUACCACCCACUACGACGCCGUCGUGAGCGCGGCCACCAGCGGCGUGCUCAACUGCAGCGUUGACACCGGCGUGCCCGUCGUGUUCGGCGUGCUGACCACCGACGACCUGGAGCAGGCUCUGGACCGCACCGGUGGCAAGGUCGGCAACAAGGGUGGCGAGGCCGCCCUGACCGCCGUGGAGACCGCGACCCUCCUGGCCAAGCUGAAGAAGGAGGGCAAAGCCUCGUGGUAAAUGGCAGCCAGCCGGACCUGGAGGACGCGCGCGUGUUAUCAGGCUUUCAUGCCGGAGCGGGCGUCAUGUAGAGCCACUGGUGUGAAAAUCCUGACUAGAUUUCGGGUGUGGAUGAAGGCAAGGGGUUGUGCAUGCGCAGGCGCGGAUGCAGGCAGGGGAUUUGCGCUUAGUGCUGUGCCUCCCCUGGUGCUGUGGGUGUGGGCAGGUUGGGGGAUGCUGUGGGCAUGUCCGUGUGACUGUGAGUCACGUGUGUUUUACAAGGAUGCUUGAAUGCGCCAAUAAAAUCGUUCUUCGGUUCGUUGUGCCGGGGGACGGCCGCGAGCGGCUUGGCCGCGAGGCAUGUGGACUUGCAGCUCGCGCGGCGGCGAGUUUGCCCUUGCAAGUGGGUUAAAUCGCGUGAGCCUGGAUUAUGCAUGUAACACAAGGACUAC